AUUCAUAGCCUUCGGUUUUAGCGAGAGAGAGAGAGAGAGAGAGAGAGCUUGGAAGGAGAGCAAUGGCGGUGUGGGUGGAUUCAGGGAAGCUGAUGAUGAAUCUGAGUGGAUGGUAUCGAAGAACUCUUGCAGCAUCGGCGACAUCAUCAUCAGCAGGAGUGGCAUGGAAACGGCGAUUGGAUGUGGCUCCAUUGCGCUGCUCGCCAUUGGAGCAAGACAUUGAUAUCCAGAGAGAUCUACAGAGCCAAGAUGAGGAUUUGGCGAUACUGUGUGAACCGUGUAAGGGCACAGGAUGGUUGGUCUGUGACUUAUGUAAGGGGCAAAAGACCAAUGUGAAGGCCAAGAACAACCGAAUUUAUCGCCGCUGCCCGACUUGUAAAGCUGUUGGAUAUAUUCUAUGUUCAAAGUGUAAAGUCUUCAAAUGUGUGACAUUCCCAGAUUUUGAAGAUGGUGAUUUGUUAGUCACUUGAAUUUUGGCUUUGCUGAUGUGCCCUUGUCAUAAGAAGAGAUUUGUACAUUUGUUACUUUCAAGUCGUUCUAUACAGAAUAGGGCAAGAUGACAGCGCCGCACAUUGGAGAGGAUGAACUAAUCUUGCUAUAUUUUGUUUUUGUAUACUAAUUUGUGAGAAACUAUGAUACGUGGCACAGGCAGAUUUAAUAGGCUUUUCCUGUGAA